AUGAAGGUUACUACUACGUUCUUCACUCUCUUCACUCUCGCCAGCACUGUCUUGGCUGACGGCUGCUUUUUCUGUGCCGAGAGAAAAGGAGGCAUUGUCUGCACUACCCCUGGCCCUGGCGCUGCAAGCCAUGGCUGCGGCUGGUGCUGCGACACUGCGGACCAGUGUAUUCGCCUCGUUGACACUGGAGUCUGCAAAUAA